CAUUGGUUUGUGUUUCUGCAUCAAUAUUUAAAUAAAUGAGAAAAUCUGUAUAUCUUUUGAUAUAUUAACAACACAGUUAUAAAUAAUUAUGUUGCGAUUAAAUUAAAACAUGUGCAAAUGGAAAAUAGCAGAUGGAUUAUUAGUUUACUGUACACAUUCUUAAAUUAGCAAACAUGAAGAAGAAAGCUUUCUAAACACAUUGUAAAUGCUUUGAAUGAUGUUAAUACUAGGCAAAAUGUAUGCUUUUAAAUAUUGUGUUAGUGCUGGCACUAUGUGGAUUACUACAUACUACUACUUCUUCCAGAGUAUUAGAACUAAGUGAUAGAUUUGUAGACCUUCGUAACGAUGGCCAGUGGUUAGUUAUGUUUUACGCUCCAUGGUGUGCCCAUUGCAAACGACUGGAACCAGUUUGGGCACAUGUUGCACAAGCCUUGCACCAUACUACUAUAAGAGUCGGCAGAUUGGAUUGUACCAGAUACACACAUAUUGCAACUAAAUUUAAAGUGCAAGGGUUUCCGACUAUCAUGUUCUUGAAAGGCGAACAAGAUCACAUUUACCAUGGAGACAGAACAAAAGAGGAACUCUUAGCAUUUGCUCAUAGAAUGAAGGGUCCCUCUGUACAAGUAAUUCCAAGACACGAAGUAUUAACUAAUUUGAAAAAUUCUGUUAAUGUUUUCUUUGUAUAUGUUGGAAAACAAAAUGGAGCCUUAUGGCAAUCAUUCCAUUCGAUAUCUGAGGUGUUCCAACCGCAUUGCUUUUUUUACGCUGCAUCUCCUGAAGUUACAAAAGAACACUUUCCGUUAAUUGAAGACCACGCACCAACAGUGUUUGUAAUAAAGGAAAAGGAUCACUACAAAUUUACAUAUGACUCUUUCAGCAGCUCAAUACUCAAUGAGACUCUGUAUCAAUGGGUGAAUGAAGAGAGAUUUGGAACAUUCCCGAAGGUCACUCGAGGUAACAUCAAUCAAAUAUUACAAACCAAAAAGUACAUCGUACUUGCAGUUGUUGAAGAGAACAAAUUGAAUGAAAUUGAGGCCAAUCAGUUGGAGUUCCGUGAUAUGGUUGAAUCUGUGAUAAGGCAACGUCGCGAACAAUUCCAUUCCACUUUCCAAUUUGGCUGGAUCGGGUCUCCAGAGUUGGCCAAUUCAAUAGCCAUGAGCGAUCUGCCAGUACCUCAUCUGGUUCUUAAUUCAACAACGAGUCAUCAUCAUUUUGCCACAAGACGAACCACUAGAUUGACACACGAUGCACUUGUUGUGUUUUUGGAACAAAGAAACCAAUCUGCUCCUACCUAUGGCGGCAAUAGUUUUCCUGUUCGAAUGUAUAGAGCAUAUUUUGAAGCCAGAACAACCCUUUCCGAUAUGUGGCAUGGAAAUCCUGUCUUAACUGCUGUAUUAUUCGGAUUACCCUGUGGAUUUCUCGGAUUGAUAUGCUACUCCAUAUGCUGUGCUGAUAUUCUAGAUGCCGAUGAAGAAGACAGCGAAAAUGAUGACGGCCAUGAAAAGAAAGAAUAAGAGCCAAGAGUUCAUUACAUUUUGUAUGGUUUUUAUGUAUGAUCUAGUCAACAAUGAAUUAUAUAUAAUAUAAAAAGCAAUUGCAAGUUUUAUUGAACACAAGACAGG